AUGCGCGCAGCACACCCGGGAGAGGCCAGCGACGAGAAGCGCGGACAGUGGAGGAAGAAGACGAUACACCAAACGACCAAGAAUUGCAGAAAAGACGAACAAGCCCAGAAGGAAAGUUCUGAACAAAGGCAAGAGCCGACGCACAAAGACAGACGCCAACCGAGCGUACAUACCCCGCGGUACAACGCCCGAACGGAGUGCUGCGAAGCGGACAGUGAGGAUCCUGGAACGUCGAGAGGCAGGAACGUCGAGAGGCAGAAACGUCGAGAGGCAGGAACGUCGAGAGGCAGAAACGUCGAGGAAACGUUGGGAGAAGACAGCGAAACAGGCCAAGUGCACGAGAGAGAGGCGGGGAGGAGAAAAGGCGAACUAACCAAGCGAGAAAACGAGCAGAUCGACGAAAGAUGCCGCCGGACCCAAGACGCCACAGAAACACCGACACAUGUCAGCGCUCGAGGUAAAUCUGUCUCAGGUAUGUUCUUUCACACGUUGUAAAUGCAUCCUGCUUUCCUCUGCUGCCCCUUCACCGCGCGCUCUUCACAACGACGCUGUCUGCCUGCUUUAACAGAUACUGCACAGAUCGCACAAAGUUACCACACAUAACUGUGUCUUAAACAGAGAGAGAGAGAUGACGCUGCGAAAACUUCCAUUUUUGCCGGUACAUCUAGAGACUGCGUACAACAGUGAGACAAGCGAAACA